CCUCCCACCCACCCCCGUCGGUUCUUCCUUCUAUCCCGCGGUUGUCUGGGGUGCUCCGGGCCAGGAUGUCGGCGGCCGAGGAGAGGGGUUUGACGGUGCGCCCCUUCAAGCUGAUCGCGCUGCUCUGCGCCUUCCUGGCGCUGGCUCUGGAUGUGGCUGCGCUGCUGAGCCCAGCCUGGGUCACGUCGGAACGCUACUCUCUCUCCCUUUGGAAGGAGUGUCGGCAGCUCCUGGGCGGCUGGCAAUGCUUCUCCACUUUCGGAAGUGACUGGCAAAUCACUACCCUGGUGUUAAUCCUGACAGCUGCCACCAUCACUCUGCUGUCAUUCCUCAUGUCUCUGAUAGCUUUGUGCCUGGGGAACUAUAAAUACUAUUAUCGGAUAGUGUCAAUUCUUCUCUUUGCAGCAGUGGUUCUCCAGAUCUGUGCCUUAAUUCUCUACCCCAUCAAGUUCAUCGACAGUAGCCCGCUGAGAAGCUACCAUGAGUUCAACUGGGGAUAUGGGUUGGGUUGGGGUUCGGCCAUCUUUAUGCUGGGAGCAGCCAUACUUUACUGCCAACGAACUGAUGCCUAUGAAGACGCUUACUACUAGGACAACUUGUAAGAAGGUCCCUGGAUUAUCAGAUCUGGAAGCCUCUUCAAUAAACAGAGAGCAAGAGAAGAGGAAGGACGAUGAGUUUCAUGAGAAUUCUGGGCACAUUCAAGCACAUUAUGGAUGGACAUUUUGACCAGGUGAAAACGUUGAAGGCUUCCAUUGGACACUCUUCCAGCAUCACCAGGACUCGUCACUGCCAGCCAACCGCACUUCUCUCCGGCAUAACCUGCUUUUAAGAUUUCUCGUGUAUUUUUUUCCUUUUUUUAAAAAAAAAAGUAUUAUUUUUCUUUACUUUGAUCUCCUAUGUAUGAAAUUUUGUCUUUAUUUUAUUUAUGAGAGGGUAGCUCCUACAGUGGAAGAGCAGCUUGGUUUAGCUUUUAUUGAGUGGCGUCUUGUGUGCAGAUCUUCAACACGAAGGAACAAUGUUGUGUGAAUGGGGGGGAGAGGGGUUCUAUAAAUGCAUUGAUGCUAAAUCCACUUCAUACCAAGAAGCCCGAAACACCGAAAAUAUACGAAUGUUUAUGAGCCGCUGAUGAAUAAAACCAUGGAAAAAAUGA